AAAAAUAAAAAUAUAAACACUAGACAUUAGAGUCACAUUUUGUGUAUUAUAGUAAAAACAAAUGUAAAUGUAAAUUUAACAAUGCCAAUUCAUAGAAAACAAUUGUCACACAAUGUAGUGUAAAUAAAAUGGAUACAAAAACGUAACAGUUUAUAUUGAAUAUUGUAUCCAGUAUGGAAGAAGAUAACAAGAAUUCGUUUAAAGUUUGUCGUGUUUGUUUGGGAUGUUACCCGAGUGAUGAUUGCUUGUCAUUGUUCCAUGUAGAAAACGGUCGCGCGAUAUCGGAUUUGAUAAUAUCAAUCGCAAAAGUAGAAAUAGUUAAAGGUGACUCCUUACCCGACUGUAUCUGCAACGAGUGUUUUCACGAACUGGAAAAGGCUGUAAAGUUCAAACAAAAAUGUGAACAUUCCUAUUUCACGUUAAUUAACGAUACAUUUAAGAACCCUUUGAUUCCGAAAGUAGAUAUAAAGGAGGAAUUAUCAUUUGACAAUAACUGUGAAUUUGAUACAUCGUUUCAUGAAAACAGUGUUGAGACCGAAUUUGAAAUUGAAGACAAGAAUAUUAAAAAGAGCAGAGCCAAUGAUUUGAGUUUAGAAUGUCAUGAUUGUGGAGAGUUAUUUAAAAGUAAAUGCAAGCUGAGAGUACAUUGGAAAAGGGCCCACCAGAGCAGCUAUUUAAAGUGUGAACGAUGCAAACGUCAGUUCAAAUCAUUUAAAGCAUAUCAUUUACACAAGAAAAUAAGUCCUGCUAGUUGUACUGUGGCCAAAUUCAUUAGGAUUGAGGGCGAAGGUAAAAACCGCAUGUUCUACUGUAAGGAUUGUGAUUAUAAAUCGAUCAGAGUUAAAGAUAUGAUGAAUCACUACUUAUGUCACAGUGGUGAGAGACCGUUCACAUGUUCUAUAUGUUUAAAGACAUUCACCCAACAUAGUUCACUUAGCAGUCAUCAAGAAAAUGUCCACAAGCUUUAUAAAGUAGAAGGCACUUGUCAUGUAUGCGGAAAAUACCUUAAAGGUCGAAACAAGUUCUACAAACAUUUAAAAGGUCACUCAGAAAAGAAUCAACAGUGUGUAAUAUGUAAUAAAAUAUUCAAAACGAAGAAAACAUUGAAAGUGCACAUGCAAAGGCAUGCUGAUAUUAAAACGUUGUCAUGUGAAAUAUGUGGAUCGAGAUACUACACUAUAUCAGAUCUGUGUAACCACAAAAGAAAUGUACAUUUUAAGGAUAGCAAAGUUUAUAAAUGUGAUUUAUGUGAAUACGUAGCAAACAAGAAUGAAACGAUAAAGAAGCACAGAGCGAAACACACGGGUGCUAACAUACCGUGUUUGGUAUGCGGAGUGUUUUUGGAGAAUGAAGAAACAUAUCUUCUGCAUCAAAAACGUCAUACUGAUAAACAAUUCCAAUGCACGUUGUGCGAGAAAAGUUUCUACAGGAAACGAUAUCUUAAUGAUCACAUGAGAAAGAAACAUGGACACGGAGAAUCUGGACCAAAAGCUCUUACAAAAAAAAUACAAGUAAAAAAAGAAAGCUCUGUUAUCAUACAAUAUGAGGAUAUUAAUUCAUUAUCACCUACUGUGAUUGAUUAGGAUUUUUUUUGCAGUCUGGCAGUGAAAUAAAUGUUUGAUUUGAAAUAAAAUAGAGUAAAUGUUUCUUGGGGAAAGUUAGUUUCUGAAAAUAAAAUAUGAUUUCAAAUCUUCCCUCUAUAAAAUGCUUUAAGUUAUUUUAAUAUUUUUAUUAUUUACAUUAUUUUGAAUUGAUGUGUUACUGAGAGCAUAGUUUGGUAAUUAUUGGCAAAGAUACUUCCAUUAAUGUUGGGCAGAUAAAGCAUAUUACGUUAGUAUGAUAUAGAUGCAAAAUGUUAUUAAAAACCUGAGCAGUUAUAAUAGCAAUAUGUUAAUAUGAAUGUUAACCAAAGAAUAUUAGUGAUUGUUUUGAAUGCAGCCAAUUACAUUGCACUGUAUAUUAAAAUAUUGAUUCUUUUAUUGCUCUGGUUCGGAAGACAUCUGCGGAUAAGCAACAUAUGGAGUGCGAGGUAGCUAAUUGGCUCUGGCAUUAGGCCGUCGCUUAUGACAUUGAGUACCUAUAUAAUAUUCAUUACAAUCAGCUUUGCAUUACUUAACCAUACUUGCAUCUAAUAGCAAAACUCAACACUUUAUUUUCUUAUAUGGAAAUUUUUUAUUUUAGUUAGAACAUAUUAUUAUUAAAGUUGGAAUUAAUGAGAAAUUGUGUACAUAUUAGCACUUAAAGAAGAAACAAAUUUUAUUUACAACACUUAUUUAACCUAGUUAAACUGCUUUUUUAAUUCAAGAAUUACAUUUUUGAUGGUGGUUUUAGUAAAUAUUUAAUUAUUUUCGUUUAAGGUAUAAAGUACCUAUAUUUUAGUGACAUUAUUUAUUAACAUUUUAAUUCACAAAAAUAUAUACAUAUUAGGUAUUUAAUAAAAUAAGAUUCCUGAAAAUAGGUUAUCUGAACAAAACAUUUGUUAAUUAAAAACAAUAAAACACUUAA